AUGGUGUCGGCUCAGCGUUCAAAGAAUAUUCAGGGCUCGGCCAAGUCCGAAGAUGUGGGUGGCGGAGACCCCGGUUUGGAUGCACGUCGAGGUGCGCCUAUCUCGACCACACACCGCCAAGCUUCGUUCGCCAACAUGUCGGUGCAUUCGACCUCCUCGGCGCCCUCAGCCUCGGUGUCGAUGACGAUGGGCUCUUCUACUGUCGCAAUAGGGGCUGCGACGCUAUGCAUAGCCUCACCGUAUCUUUCGUCGCUGCUGGGACUGCUCACCGCAGCUCAACGCGUUGCUCUAGCUGUGGCCAUCUACCUGGCGCUCUGCGCACGUUCGCAGCACCGCUCCUCUAAGCGAUUCCAAGUCCAACCUCCCGCAUCCGAAGACAGGGGCUCUCAUGGGCACUCCGAGGCCACAGCUGAUCCUGAUUUGCGAACAGAGCAUCUGUCGCGCACGAGGUCUUCUCGGCCGUCAACCUCGGCUGCCAAAGUGUCCGCUACGCCUCAGCAAGCUGCGGCGCCUCCCAAAGACAGCACAGUCGCGGAGAAGGUCGACUUCGUCCGUAGCCAGCAGUGUCCACAACUUGUAGAUGCAUGCUACCUCGAUGCAGCAGCAGCACCUCCCUUCCCGACCGGCCUCGUGCAGGCGGUCGCCGAGGACGUUUCAUCGAGACUGCUGUCGAACCCGCAUUCCAAAUCGCCUUCGGCGAUUGCAACAGCGGACCACAUCACAGCGACUCGCAUGCGGGUCAUGCACGAGCUGUUUGGCAUUCGAGACACUCACGACUGGCACCUCGUCUUCACAGCCGGCACGACGGCAAGCCUCAAGCUCGUGGCCGAAUGCAUCGACUGGGCAUCUCUGCAAAGCCCAUCCGACCCACACGCCCGCUUUUCGUACCUGCGUCAGAGCCACACGAGCGUGGUGGGCAUUCGAGACCUCGCCGCCCGCGCUGGCGUUUCGAGCUCGAUAUUCAGCGAAGAGGAUGCAGACGUCGUGGCUGGGCAUGCAGGGCUUGUGGCCUUGCCGCUGCAGUGCAACGCGACGGGCCGACGAUUUUGCGAUCUCAUGAAGCGCCUUUGCCGAACGAAGGCCGAUCGAUCACUGGUGCUGUUGGACGCCGCAUCGUACCUCUCUUCAUCGUCGAGACUCGACUUUUCCCAACUAAACGAGGAUGAGCGGCCGGACAUGGUGGCAUUCUCGUUCUACAAGAUCUUUGGCUACCCCACCGGCAUAGGCGGACUGCUCGUCAAGGCCUCAGCUGCACCCCACCUCGGCGGCAAGACGUACUUCGGUGGCGGUACCGUCGACGCGAUUCUCGCCGAGAGCGCGUGGACCAAGCCACGGCGCGAGUUCGAAGCGCGCUUUGAAGACGGCACGGUGAACGUACACGGUAUCCUCGCCGUGAACAAGGCGCUGGACUACUACGCGCAGAGCUUUGGCGCGUGGGAUGCACGACGAGAAUAUGUGGCCGGUCUGAGCGACAAGCUGGUCUCGGCACUGCGGAGUUUGCGGCAUGGCAACGGCAAUGCUGUUGUGCGGAUGUAUCGGGAUGCAGACGGGAGUGCAGGGGGGUACGGUCCGAUUGUCAACUUUAAUUUGAUCACGGCAACGGGCAUGAUGGUUCCGCCGCAAGAGGUGGAUCGUCUGGCGAGUAUCAGCAAUAUCCAUGUGCGCAUGGGGCGGCACUGCAAUCCGGGGUUCGUCACGACGCAUCUGGGCAUCCCGGCCUCGCGGCUGAAGCAAGAGUAUGCCGAAGGUGCUGGAUGCGACGAUGCUGGCGACGCAGCAUUGGAGGGCGGGUUGGCAUCGGCGUCAGUGCGCGCGAGCCUGUGCCUGCUCAACACGGAAGAAGACGUGGAGCGCCUGGUGGGGUUCGUCGCGCGCUUCUUCCUCUCCACGCACCCGGCUCCCACGCUCACAGCGAGGGUCCAGCCGGAGGCAGGGCUGCAGAGGCGGUUUGAGCUGGCGAGCAUCACGGUGUAUCCGAUCAAGUCUUGUGCGGGGCAGGAGCUUGCGCGCGGCGAGGCGUGGCAGCUCACCCCGCACGGGCUCCAAUUCGACCGCGAAUGGAUCGUCAUGAACCUCGCCAAUGGCAAGACGCUCAGCCAGAAACGCUUUCCCAAGAUGGCGCUCAUUCGACCGCGCAUCGAUACCCUUACGCGGCAGUUGAUCAUCACCAUCGCCGGUACAUCCUCGCGUUUUGCUGUACCACUCGACGACGGGGACCAGUACAGCGACUCUCAGGGUCAGGCAACUCAGGUGUGUGGAGCGGAGAUCUGGCCACGCGCACACACGAGUCGAGCUUUGCGCAGCAUGCUUAGCGAGUUGCUGGGCGUCUCGUGUACGCUGGCACGACAAGCGAGUGGCAUCAGUCGACACUCGAAGCUGCCCACCGCCACGAGCAAGGUGCCGUUGAUCUUUAGCAACGAGUCACCGUUCCUGCUGAUCAACUCGGCCUCGGUGGCGCGCGUGAGCGAAUGGAUGCAGGCCGCCACCCACACGGGCACGGAAGACCUCGCUUCCGAUUCGGGCUACUCGUCUGCCUCCCACUCCAAGACCGACUCAACAGCGGUCAGCGCACAAGCGCCAAGUUUCCGUGCCAACUUCAUGGUCACCCCGCGCGCCUCAGCGGAUGACGAGGGGAGGGUCGCUUUUGCCGAGGAUGGCAUGUCGAGGUUCGUGCUGGGUGGCAGGCAUGUUUUCGGCGUGCUGGGCGAGUGCAGACGAUGCCAGAUGGUGUGUGUCGAUCAAAAGACCGGCGAGGUCAAGCCACAGACACUCAAGACACUCGCAAAGUGGAGAAGAAACGCAAGAGGCCGAAUCAUCUUUGGCUCGCACCUGGCUUGGCUCCCCGACUUGGCACCGUCUGCAGCCGCGCCGGACGAGGCCAGCCAGGUCUGGGUCGGCAUGGACGUGGUCGCAUCCUAG